AUGGCCUCUGCCUCUGCUUCCUCUGUCGCUUCUCUUCCUGGCCCCAAUACCAGUCACUUUCUCAAGCUCAACUCCUCCAAUUACCUCCUAUGGCUUCGCCAAAUCAAACCAUUUCUCAUCGGCCAUGACCUAUGGAAAUUCAUAGAUGGGUCCAACCCCAAACCCUCUGAAUUUAUCACAUCCACUGCCACAACUCCAUCCACUCCUCCCACCACAACCAGUCACCAAUCCCAAUCCUACCUUUCAAACUUGCUUCAUGACAUGUCCAAAGGUUCUCAAGCAAUUGAUGAAUAUCUCAAUACCGCGAAGUCUCUCACCGAUGCUCUCUCCUCCAUUAGCAAGCCAGUCUUAGACAAAGACCUCAUCACUGUCCUUCUACGCGGCCUCGGUUCGGACUACUCCAUGCUUGUCACCACCAUCUUGAAUCAACCCAUCCUCCCUAGUUUCAUUAAUCUUCGCUCUCGGUUGCUUGUCUUUGAAAACCAAUCAUCCAGGUCCUCGACAGGCAACACCAUCGCCUUCAUCACCACUCACAACACAUCCGCUCAUUUCUCCCGCAAGGCCACACCAACUCUCAGCAAGGCCCUUCUUCUCAGCGUGGUAGCUCUCGUGGUGGUCGUCACGGUGGGUAUCACGGCUUCUCUUGUGAAAGUUCUCAAUGUGGUGGUCCAAAUCGUUGGCAUAACAACGCCUUCCUGGUGCCGCACCCACCUGGAAUCAACCUUGGACCGGUUCCACUUCCACUCGUGA